AUGAAACUUUUCGGUAUAUUAAUAAUUUUAAUCUUCAAUGCGAUAUUAUGGAGUUUAAUUAAUUCUGUUAAACAAAACAAAGGAAAAAAUAGACUUGAGGAAGCCACAAAGGAUCGAACUAAGGGCGAUGGGGCGGAAUCUUCUGUCAAACCUCAAUUUCAAAAAUAUGAAGAAAUCACCAAAAAGAACACAAGUAAAGAUAAUGAAAAAAAGUUGAAAAGAAGUGAAUAUAUGAAAAUUUACCGUCAAAACAAUAGGGGAAAAAAUCGUGAAUAUAAUCGAAAAUAUAGAGAAAAUAAUAAAGAUAAAACUCAAGAAUAUGGUAGAAAAUACCGUCAAAACUAUAAAGAAAAGAUUCGAGAAACUGAUCAAAAUAAACAGGAAAAGAUGAUAGAAUAUUUUCGAAAAUACCGUCAAAACAAUAAGGAAAAGAAGCGAGAUUAUGAUCGAAGAUACUACCAAAACAAUAAGGAAAAGAAGCGAGAACGGAAUCGAAAAUACCGAGAAAGUAGGAAAAAUAAACAAGCAGGUUUACAAAAUGUUCAUUCUGAUAACGGAGAAACUUCAUUUGCUAAUACACAAAAUGAUAUUAGAGAUAAAGGUAAAUUUCCAAUCAUUUAUGAAGAGAGCAUUCAUCAUGAAGAAGAAAAUAUUUCUAAUCAAGAAGAGGAAGAAAGUAACAAAAACGAAAUAGAAACUUAUGUGGAUGAGCUAAAUCAACAAGUGGUAGAAGAUCCAAAGAAGAUUACUGAAAAUUACACGAAUCAGAUAGAUUUGAAUGAAAAAUAUUACCCUCUUGAUCUGAACGAAAAACCUGUGGGCGAUGAUGUGGACGUUAUUUAA